CGAGUGUUGUUUAUUGACAAAGGUAACUAGUGAUUCUCAUUAUAAGCAUCAAUAUUAAUAUUACUAGGCUGUUUAUCAAAUGAGCUUUAAUUAAGUACCAUGAGUAUUAGAUUUUGCUAGGCCGUGUAUUUUUCUCAAUUUCUUGUAUCUCUGGAGGGUGAAGGCCUAUUCUCUCUCACUUCUCUCUCUCUCUCUCUCUCUCUCUCACACACACACACACACACACGCACAGACAUGGCAGAGGAGACAGAGCCUAAAUGGGAAGGGAAGGCCUCGGUGGAGCUGAAAGGCGCGACAGCAGACCAAGUAUGGCCUUUCUUGGAGGACUUUUGCAAUAUACAUCAGUGGUUUCCGAAUGUUGAAACUUCUUACCAAGUCCAGGGUGAGCUAGGCAAGCCUGGCCUCAUCAGAUACUGCGCUUCCAAGCCACAACCAUCCUCCGACGGCACCGGUGGGAACAUCGUCAACUGGGCUAAAGAGAAGCUCAUCAUGAUAAAUCCUGUUGAACGGUGUCUAAGCUACGAGAUCAUUGAAAAUAACGUGGGAUUCAAUUGGUAUACGGCCACAUUCAAAGUUUUGCCAGUGAAUGGAGAUGGAGCAGGUAAUCAACAUGGGUGUAAGAUCGAGUGGUCAUUUGUUGCUGAUCCGAUUGAAGGGUGGAGUUUGCAGGAUUUCGAUUCCUAUAUGAACUCUACUCUCCAGUUUAUGGGCAACAAAAUGGAACAAGUACUUGCUGUCGCUGCCUGAAAUUUGGCUAAUCUUGCAUUGUGAUUUCGCUAUUAAUAAUGUAUUUGACGUUGUGCAGCCUGAGGCAUGCUAAAUGAACAAGUAUUUGUAAGCUUAUUUAAUAAUUACAAGUUCCAUGCCUGCAAAUGCACAAAUCUGAAUAAAUGAUGUAACCCAUUCUCUAUUGUACAAGAUAAUCUACCAGUGACUAAAUAUUUUCAGAA